AGCCCUCGAGUAAGGAUCACUUAUUGUGCAAAAGAAAUCUUAAAAUGUUUAUUCUACCUUUAAUUUUGGGUAUCAUUCACACGAAUCUUUGCCUAGCCCAGUAUCACAUUAAUCGCCCAAAGCCCAACUUUCCGGAUUUCAAGUUCCCGACGGAUUACAGGGAUAUUCCAAGAGUUUUUGAGUGGAAGAACCUGCAAUACGGCUUCCCCAGCGAACAGGAACGGGAACAGGUGCUCCGAGAUGGCCGCUAUAAUCCGGACAGUCCCAUACCCAUUGAUAUUGAUGUUUAUUACCCAGCUAACGGUGGUCCACCUCGACACUUUGUGACUUCACCAAGGUUUGGCCAAGGUGUUCCCUACUCUUUAGCCUAUGUAACCAACGUGCAGCGGGAAAAUGGCAGUGAAAUCCAGGCCUACCCCAGUUACCAAUGGCACAGUAGCCAUGGAGCAAAUUGCGAUGGCUUAACAUCGGUUUAUCGGGUUCAUAUUGAUCCCUGUGGUCAGAUGUGGAUCCUGGACAGUGGAGAGAUAGAGUUUAUGCAGCACUGUGCCCCACAAGUAGUGGUCAUUGACUUGGCCACCGACCAGUUGAUCCAUCGCUAUCGUUUACCAGAAACUUCCUAUAAGGCGAAAGUCAGCAGAUUUGUGAAUAUCUACGCGGAUGUAAGGGAUCCGCCUCCCCGGGGACAAUGCAAGGAUGUCUUUGCCUAUUUGGCAGAUCCUACAAGCAAGGCAAUAGUGGUAUAUGAUGUUUUGGGUCAAAACUCUUGGCGCAUCGAGAACAAAUUUACAUAUCCGGAUGCCAAAUUUGGAACUCACACGGUGGCGGGUGAGAGUUUCGAGCUGUUGGAUGGUCCAUUGGCAUUGGCGGUGACUCCUCUUGGCCUUGGAUUGCGCCGCCAUCUGAUUUUCCACGCUCUGUCCAACGAGUUGGAGUUGGCCAUUCCCUUGGAUAUCCUCAAUAAUGCCACAAAUUGGCAAAAGGGACUCAGUGCUUCGCUUACAGAAUUUGUUACCCUGGGCAGGAGGGGCAUUCAGUGUGCCUCACAUGCGAUUAGCAGGCAGGGAUUCUUGUUCUGUGGUUUUCUAGAUCCCAUCGGGAUUUUUGCAUGGGACAUAAGAAAGCCCUACAACCGGCAAAAUGUCCAGCUGGUGGCUCUUAAUCCGGUCACCCUACAGUUUGUGAGUGGUAUGAAGAUUAUCCAAAGACCCUCGGAUGGCCGAGAGGAACUAUGGCUGCUGUCCGAUCGUCUGCAGAAGAUAUUUGCCGGAACUAUUGACUACAGGGAAAUCAAUUAUCGGGUGAUGCGAUGCGAUGUGGAAGACCUGCUGCAGGGGCGGGGCUGCUUUUAGAUGUCCAAUGCCCAUUGCCCAGACCCUUAAGAUCUAUGUAAACACUCUUAAAGCCGACAUAAAAGAUGUCCAUCCCAUAAAUCUUGGGACUAUUCGAAAG